GUCCAGAAAGGUGGAAGAGGAUGAAUAUGAAGAUUCUUCAUCAAACCAAAAGUGGGUCUUGGCUCCAAAAUCUCAAGACACUGAUGUGACUCUCAUUCUCAACAAAUUGCUGAGAGAAUAUGAUAAAAAGCUGCGGCCAGAUAUUGGAAUAAAACCAACCGUCAUUGAUGUCGACAUCUACGUGAACAGCAUUGGGCCUGUGUCCUCGAUCAACAUGGAAUACCAAAUUGAUAUAUUUUUUGCUCAGACCUGGACCGACAGUCGCCUUCGAUUCAACAGCACCAUGAAAAUACUUACUCUGAACAGCAACAUGGUGGGCUUGAUUUGGAUCCCAGACACGAUCUUCCGUAAUUCAAAAACAGCAGAGGCUCACUGGAUUACCACCCCCAAUCAGCUUCUCAGAAUCUGGAAUGAUGGGAAAAUUCUGUACACUUUAAGGCUCACCAUCAAUGCGGAGUGCCAGCUGCAGCUGCACAACUUCCCCAUGGAUGAGCACUCCUGCCCGCUGAUUUUCUCCAGCUAUGGUUACCCCAAGGAAGAAAUGAUUUACAGAUGGAGAAAAAAUUCAGUGGAGGCAGCUGAUCAGAAAUCUUGGCGGCUUUAUCAGUUUGACUUCAUGGGCCUCAGAAACACCACAGAAAUUGUGACAACAUCUGCAGGUGACUACGUUGUCAUGACCAUCUAUUUUGAGUUAAGCAGAAGGAUGGGUUACUUCACUAUUCAGACGUACAUCCCCUGUAUACUCACUGUGGUUUUAUCAUGGGUGUCAUUUUGGAUCAAAAAAGAUGCUACACCAGCAAGAACUGCAUUAGGCAUCACCACGGUGCUCACCAUGACCACGCUCAGCACCAUCGCCAGGAAUUCCCUGCCACGAGUGUCCUACGUGACUGCCAUGGACCUGUUUGUGACGGUGUGCUUUCUGUUCGUCUUUGCUGCUCUGAUGGAAUACGCCACCCUCAACUACUACUCCAGCUGCCGAAAACCGACCACUACAAAGAAAAAAACAUCGUUGUUACAUCCAGAGUCUUCAAGAUGGAUUCACGAGCGCAUAAGCCUACAAACACCCUCAAACUAUUCUCUCCUUGAUAUGAGGCCGCCACCACCUGCAAUGAUCUCUUUAAACAAUUCCGUGUACUGGCAGGAGUUUGAAGAUACCUGUGUCUAUGAGUGUCUGGAUGGCAAAGACUGUCAGAGCUUCUUCUGCUGCUAUGAAGAAUGUAAAUCAGGAUCUUGGAGAAAAGGGCGGAUUCACAUAGACAUCUCAGAGCUGGACUCGUACUCCCGGGUCUUCUUUCCCACGUCGUUUCUGCUCUUCAACUUGGUCUACUGGGUUGGAUACUUGUAUCUCUAAGUGCUGCCCUUACUGAUGAGUGAAGGGCAUCCGGUUCACAUUCUUCACCCUCUGUCAUCCCCAAGACCAGUAGUGAUCAAAAUCGGAGUCUCAAAACA